AUGAAAACCUCGCUGCAGCAGCAGCAGCAGCAACAGCAACAGCAGCAGCAGCAACAGCAGCAGCUGGGGUUGCAACAGCAGCAGCAGCACCAGCAGCAGCUUGCCUGCAACAUAGUCUGCUGCAGCUGCUGCUGCUGCGGCCCCUCAGGAGAAAGUAAACAGCAAAGGAAAGAGAGCAGCAGCAAACGAAAAACAUCCUUUUCGUCCUGCAGCAGCAGCAGCAGCAGCAGGAACAGCAGUAAAGAAGAAAAUGGGCAGCAGCAACAGCAGCAGCGGGAAUCCAAGACAGCCGCCGCAGCAGCGAAGGCAGCAGCAGCAAUGGUAGCAGCAAUUCUAGACGCGACAGACGACCAGCAGCACAAACAGCAGCAGCAGCAGUAG